GUUUUCUAUAAAGGGAAAUCGAAAGAGGAAGUAAGUUAAGUAUCGAAUAUACAGUGUAGUCGGAAGUCCUUAUGACCGUUCAUGAGAAAAGUUUAUUUCAAUUAGAAAAUGGCUUUAACAGAUGUUAUUGAUAGGAGAAAGAUAAUGGCCCGUCAUCUGACCGCGAUGCCAGUCCGCGCAGGCGCAAUGCAGAGAAAGCCCAUUGUGGCGGCCAUAGACUUUGGUACCACAUACUCGGGAUACGCCUUCCAGACCAGGGCAAACUUUGAGGAAAAUCCGACCAAGAUUGAGGCUGCAAAUUGGGCAAGGACUGGGUCGAAUAUUGGAAUAUCACUCAAGACAACUUCGUCAAUACUGUUUGAUAAACACCAACAAUUUCAUUCGUUUGGUCAAGAAGCAGAUCAAGAAUAUAAUAAGCUCGCUGCCGAGGGACAACACUGGGACUGGUUUUUCUUCAAAAGAUUUAAAAUGGCCCUGUACAAGUCUCAGAAUCUUACUCGGGAGAUGAAAAUAAAGUCAGUGUCUACUGGUCAAGAGAUGCCAGCAAUUGUUGUUAUCACAGAAACCAUAAGGUACUUAAAGGACCACUUAGUAAACGAGAUAAAAUCCAAGGAUACUGGAAUCCAAGAAUCCGAAAUUCACUGGGUCUUAACGGUUCCGGCAAUAUGGGACGACAGCGCCAAACAGUUCAUGAGGGAAGCGGCUAUCAAUGCAGAAAUCGACACGGAUAAGUUGUUACUCAGUCUAGAGCCAGAAGCCGCUUCGCUGUUUUGCCGGUACUUACCGUUUGCCAGGGAAACAAACAAGGCGGGUGCCAGUCUUGUUACUGCGGGAGUCGGUGACCGAUACAUGAUUCUUGAUGUUGGGGGCGGAACCGUAGAUAUAACCGUCCAUGAAGUACAGAUAAAUGAAGAGACCAAAGAUGUAACAUUACGAGAAAUGUUCAAAGCCAACGGUGGAGAUUGGGGAGGGCUUAAAGUUGAUGAAUCUUUCACAGACCUCCUUCAGGACAUCAUUGGGCCUGAUGUGAUGGAAGUUCUUCAAACGCGAUACAGAGAAGAUUUUAUGGAAUUCAUGGACGCCUUUGAAAUUAAAAAACGGAAGGUGGCACCAGAUAUGGAUUCACGGGAAAUAAUGACCGUUCCUCUUUCAUUCGUCCAGACAUACAAAGAACUGAAUAAUGUCGAGCUCGAAGAUGAACAACGCAUAAAGGAAAAGUACAACGGAAAGAUAACCUUCUCCAAAAACAAAAUGAGAUUUGAUCCAGAAAUUUUAAAAGGUCUUUUUACCGAGACAGUCGAUCAAAUUUGUGCUUUAGCAAGCGAGUAUUUUGACCAAAUACGGGAAUACAACAUUAGAACGAUUCUGAUGGUUGGUGGAUUCAGCGAAUCAAGGAUGUUACAGGACAAGGUCCGUUCGACAUUCCCGUCUAAGCGCCUUAUCAUCCCAGACGAAGCAGGCCUAUGCGUUCUAAAGGGAGCAGUGUUGUAUGGCCAUAACCCGUCCAUGAUCACAGCUCGAGUGAGCAAGUUCACUUAUGGAAUAGAAGCCUGCAAGCAGUUUGAGCCUGCGCUAGAUCCAUAUGAAAAGCGGGUUAUCAGAGACAGGAUUGUACUCUGUAAAAAUUAUUUUAGCAUCCAUGCUAAAGCUGGCCAAGAGUUUCAGGUGGAUGAGAUGGUUGGUGAACACGAGUACGUCGCUCAUGGAGAAGAUGCAACUGAACUUCAGAUCGACGUAUACACUACGCCACACCGUAACCCAAGGUAUAUCGACGACGAAGACAGCAGGAAAAUCGGCGAAAUGCGAGUGCCCGUGGGUCGUUCGCUCAGUGGUGACCAAGAGAUGGUAAAAGUCCAGUUUGUGUUUGGAGACACUGAAUUAAAAGUUGUGGCCUGGAAUGUGGAAAACGGGCAAAAAAUAAAAGAUGCUCGUUUUGAAUUUUUGAAGUAAUUGUUGAUCUUUUAUCUAUUAUUUGAUCUUAAAUAUAUAUUUUUCUUUUUCCAAUACGUCAAUGUUGAAUCAUACCUAUUGACAAAGACUUUGUUUCAUUUCUGAAGUGUGUGGCUUAAAACAUUGCUUUUAGUAGCAUGACAAGCAAAAGCCUUUUACAGUUUGAUGAACAUAUAGCGUUUAACAGUUUGGUGAAAAUAUAACUAUUGUAACACCAUUACCUUGACGUUGUGUUUUUUUAGAAACAUUAUGACAAAUUAAGGACUACACUCCUAUAUAUAUAUCAAUCGAUGGUAGUUCACAAUUUCAAACAGUCCAAAAAGGCAACGUGGCAUUUUGAAAUGCACUUCAUGAAUUUGUUGCAUGCUAUGCAUAACUAUUUGUUUAAUAUCUGAUUUAUGGUAUAUGGAUAUAUUCCAAUCGGAUGUGGUAUAAUUCUGCUUAACAAAACAUGUCGGUUUUAAGAGGUUAUUUGUUUUUAUUUAGGAAUGAAAAAAAUAAAAACCAGAUUUAAUUAG